GCGAAUACUUCUUUAGCAGAUAUCAACUGCCAAGAAUAGUGGAUGGAACUCAUAUAAAAAUAUUGAAACCUGUAAAUAAUGCCUCUGUUUUUUUUUAACAGAAAGGGCUAUUACAGCAUGAACGCCAUGGUUGUUUGCAACUAUAAUAUGGAGAUUAUCGCUAUUGAUGCGACGCACCCCGGAUCCUGUCAUGAUUCUUUCAUUUGGAAUCAUUCAAGCGCCAGGGAAUAUUUGUCGAGAACAAUAAAUGAAUAUUAUGUUUUGGCAGAUUCUGGCUACGCACAGGAGAGUUUUGUGUUAACUCCCUACAGGAGCGCAGAGAUUGGGACGCAGCAUCGAUUUAAUUUAAGACAUGCUGCAGCCAGAAACAUAAUAGAACGAACAAUUGGUGUUCUUAAAAGCCGUUUCCGUUGUUUACAACGAUGCUUAAAUUAUCAGCCCAUUUUUUGCUGUCAAAUUAUUAACGUAUGCUGUGCUCUGCACAACAUAUGUAGAAGACGGAAUUUGUCAAUAAGUGAAGACUUUCAAUUGGAGGAUAUUGAACAGGCUAUAAAUGAUAACGACAUUGAAGGAAAUGAUGACGGACCAUCUGUACGCGACGAAAUUGCUGUGUCUCUGUCAAUUUUUAGUUAUUAA